AUGAAUGCAAAUUUACUAAAUUUGAAAACUUUAAUUCUCAGCUCACAUCGCUUAGAUUUAGACUCAAUUGAUGUUUCGAAUUUACAAAAAUUAAUUAUAUGUACUGAUAUAGCUAACGAUCAAGAUGCUAUUGAAAUUGCUAAAUUAUAUUUGAAAAAUCCAACCAUAAACUUAUCAUGGUGGCCUCGUUGGAUGAAAAGAGAAUCAACGUUUUUGACUACUCUUUUUGAUCUACAAUUAUUUACACCUGAUUAUUUUCAAAUAAUUUCGUGUCAAUGGCCAUCAUUUUUUUUCAAAGAUACUAAAAUAUCCAUUAAAAAGAAAAUCGAAUACGUAUCUAAACGCGGUAGAUUAAUCCAAUUUAGAUAUCCAAAGUUACUCACGAUAUUGUUGAAAGAAGAUUAUUCAUUACAGGACCUUCGAGUCCUAGGAUUCUUGUAUGAUGAAUCAAUUUAUAGACCAGUCAAAGAAAUUUUAGAGAAUUAUGAAAAUCGAAGAAAAUUACGGUAA